AUGUCUAGUUGGAAAUAUGAUGUGUUUUUAAGUUUUAGAGGUGAAGAUAUUCGUAAAAGCUUCAUUGAUCAUCUAUUAAAAGAUUUUAAGCAAAACAGAAUUCAUGCUUUUAGAGAUCAUAUUGAUAUGCCUAGAGGAAAAGAAAUAUCUCCUCAACUUUGCAGAGCCAUUGAAAAUUCGAGGUUCUUGAUAGUUAUUUUCUCCAAAAAUUAUGCUUCUUCAUCAUGGUGUCUCAGAGAACUUGUGAAGAUUCUCAAUACCAAGCAAAAUAAAAAGCCAAUGCAUGAAGUUCGGAUCUUAUUUUAUGAUGUUAAGCCCGAAGUGGUGAGGAAACAAACGGAGAACUAUGCUGAAGCAUUAGCCAAACAUCAAGUAUCAAAUCAAACGGAGGUAGAUGAAUGGAAGGAAGCUCUGACCAUGGCAUGUAGCUUAUCUGGAUGGGAUCUUAACAACAUGACAAAUGGGUAUGAGUCAAAGUUCAUUGAUUGCAUAUCCAAGGACAUCUGCAAAACCUUAUGUGAUGUGCCUUUGCAUAUUGGUGAGAACCUAGUAGGUGUAGAUGCUCGUGUAAGUAAACUGAACUUGGUGCGCUUUAUUGGCUCAAGUAAGGUAAACAUGAUUGGUAUUUGUGGUAUUAGUGGAAUAGGAAAGACCACCAUCGCAAAAGCUAUUUAUAACUCGAUGUAUGCUUACUUUGAGGGAAGUUGCUUCUGUGAGGAUGUCCAAGGAGUCACCAAACUACAAGGGCUACCUCAAGUCCAGAAGCAAUUUAUUAAUAAAAUCAUGAAAACUGAAAAUGUGAAGAUAUCUCAUAUUAGUGAAGGAAUUAUGGUAAUAAAGAAAAGGGUAGCAUGUGAGCCAAUCUUACUUGUUUUAGAUGAUGUGGAUCAUCGCGAGCAACUAGAAGCACUAGCAGGUUCGCAUCACUGGUUUUGCCCCGGCAGUUUAAUUAUUUUAACUAGCAAAGACAAACAGUUGCUAAGAUCUCAUAGAGUAGAUGAAAUUUAUGAAGCGGAGUUUUUAAAUGAUCGUGAAGAUAUUAUGCUUUUUUGUUUGUAUGCUUUUGGCCAAACAUACCCUACACAUGAUUUCAACAACCUCGCGCUUGAAGCUGUGAAAUGUUUACAAGGGCACCCUUUGGCUCUCAAAGUUGUUGGGAAUGCUUUGUUUCGAAAGCCUAUACGAAUUUGGAGAAGUGAAUUGGAUAAACUCCAAAUCUAUCCAAAUACAGAGAUACAACAAAAAUUGCGACCAAGUUUUGAUUGUCUAGACUUUGAUCAGAAAAGGAUAUUUCUUGAUAUUGCAUGUUCCUUGAUAGGGGAAAGUAUAGAUCUUUCUGUACGUGUACUUGACAGCAUUAGUUGUUUUCCGGAUGCUAAUAUUGAUGUUCUAGUGGAUAAAUCUCUAAUUAAAGUAUCUCAUGAUUUCUCACUUCAAAUGCAUGAACUAAUUCGAAGCAUGGCAAGAGAAGUUCUACGUGAAGAAACCGACAGUCCUAUCCGGUUGUGGGGUCCGUCAGAGGUUUAUGCUGUACUUAGUGAAAACAAUGUAACAGAAACAGCUGAAGCAGUUGAAGUUCUUGUCCUUUUGUUAGAGAAAUCUACUAAAGAAGUUCACAUAGGGUGUAAAGCUUUUUCCAAGAUGAAAAAAUUACGGAUCCUUAAAAUAAUUCAUCCUGAACCAAAGGACUUUGGACAGUCAUUUCAGUUGUGCAUGUCGACGGACUUCAACGUGAACUUCUUUGGGAGUUUGGUUUUUUUAUCCAAUGAGCUAAAAUUGAUUUAUUGGCAUGGAUAUCCUUUCAAGUUCUUGCCAUCAAAUUUUUAUCCGGAGAACCUUGUUGCAAUUGACUUGUCUUACAGCAACAUCAAAAGCUUUUGGACAACACCUAAGUGUUUUAAAACGUUGAAAGUGAUGAAGCUGAGGCACUGUCGUAACCUAACAACUACCCCUGACUUCACAGAGAUGGCCAAUCUCGAAAACUUGAUACUUGAAGGCUGUGUGAAUUUGUUUAAGCUUCACCCAUCUAUUGGAAUGCUUAAGAAACUUGUCAUGUUAAAUAUGAGAGACUGCAUACAAAUUAGAAGUUUUCCCUGCAAACUUGAAAUGGAUUCUCUUCAAGUUUUGAUUCUCUCUGGGUGCUUAAAAAUGAACAAUCUGACUCAGGUUUUGGGCACCCUCAAAAGUUUGGUGAAGCUUUACGCCGAUGGAACAGCCAUAACAGAAUUUCCUUCUUUCAUAUCAUCUCUAUCCUACCUUGAAGAACUAGAGAUUGGUAGAUAUGAACAGACCAAGUCUCCUACUUGGUGGGCAUCAAUCUUCCAAAAGCAACCACAAAGUUUGGUGUUGCCUUCUUUGGCAAGUUUACGAUUCCUAACGGUGCUAAAAGUUAGAAACUGCAAUAUAUCCGAAGUGUGCUAUGACAUUGGAGCCAUAUCAUGUCUAAGACGUUUAGAUUUGUGUGGUAACAACUUUACUAAGUUACCUGGAAGUUUGAGUCAACUUUCUCGUCUUAAUGUUCUACUUCUUGUUGGCUGCAAGAAGCUAAAAGUGUUACCAGAACUUCCACCUAGAUUAACUGCUUUGGCAAUUGAAUGUACCUCCUUGCAAGAACCACCAAGGCUAAUUCACAGACAAAGUAUUCUUCAAUGUGGUUUCCUUGAUUGUCCCAAAAUGUUUGAGAAUGUUACCAUUGAUUGCCAGGUGUCUAUGGCGCAGACUCGACAAUCAUCUACAACUUCACGUGUGUCUACAGGCCAACUUUCUUUAUUUGUCAAUUUUUUGGGAAUCCAGAGAGGGAUUCGUGAAUUCUUAGGUGGAAGUGGUUCUUUGCGUGAACAUAAACGUUUGGGAAAGAAAUUUAAUUAUAAUGGUUGGAACAAAUAUAUACAAUUAGAGAUAAUAUCUAAUGGAUAUACGAUUCCAAGGUGGUUUAAAAGUAAGAGUAACGGAAGUCAUGUAAAGGUGGAAUUACCUCCAAAUUGGUGCUUCUCUAAGUUCAAGGGAUAUGCAUUUUGUGUUGUAUUCACGCUUAAGGAGCCUUGUAUCGGUCCACCAGGUUUCUGUGUGAACAACUUUGAUGGAGCCUCUCUUGCUGGAAUUCCUGCAGGAUUGUUAGAGACCAUACCAAUUUACAAUACAGAUAAGAAACUGAUAUGGUUGUGUAUAAAGACAUGUGAUUGGGGAUGGCAGGAAGCAAAGAAUUUUGUCACGUUUUCAUUCGGGGAUAACAAAGAUGUUGAGGUGAAGAAUUGUGGUGUAAGACUUGUUUGUGAUGAUGAUGAAGAUUUACAAGAAGAAGAAACGGUUUUAAGUAUGAUGACACAACACCUUCAAUCUAACAAUCCGCAUACUGCAAUUUUAGCACAUGUAACGGGGGAUGGAAAGAAGCGAAGAAUUUGGUCACAUUGUCAUUCAGAGAUAUUAAUGGAGAUAAGUUUGAUGAGAUUUCAGGGUUUGGUGUAA